GGCAGGGAUUAAGUGGAGGAGCUGGCAGCUGGUGGAGGGGGUUUGGAUGGAGAGCUCAGCUUGAUGGGAGCUCUGAUCCGGAGAGCUGGGGAUGGAGGACCCUGAAAAGAGAUCAUGCAUCUCUCAUUGUGGGUGACAGGAGCUGGUGUGCCCAGCAGUGGCACAGAUGGGAGAUUUUCCUGGGCUGCAGACUCGAGGUGGGGCUCAUUUAGCUUCCAAGCAAACCAGAGAGCUCUGGGCCAGCCAGAAAACAGCCCCUUUCCCUGGAAGUCCUGGAAGCUGCCAGCCCUAAGAUUGCCCUGGGAGCUCAGCUGGGCCCACCUGCACUCACUGUGCCCAUCCAGACCCUCCAUCCUUGUUUCACACACCCCUGGAACAGAUUUGAGGGCUGCUCAAAUCAGUGCUUCCAUUGCUGAGGUGAAAACCCUUCCUGGCUGCCAGCACCCUUCUUGCAUAGGGCAAGCAGAGCUGGCACCCUGCUGGCCUCGGGGACACAUCCAUCCCACCCCCAGCAACUUCAGCUCAGGGCUGUGCCUGUGGUGCAGACCAGCCCAGAGUGCUGCCAGGAGCCAAAUCCAAGCUCUAUUCCCGGCGCCACGGGGCUCAGCAGCUUCUCAUGCUAAUGGAUAAGCUGCUCAUUAUGAGCCAGCACUGCCUUCUGUGUGGCCACCCCAAUGCCUCUGUGCCACCGCAGCGGGGAUGCAGGGGAAGACACCGUCAGCUGGGGAUGCCAGAGCCCCCAUGCGGUUCCCCCCGAUGGUGAAGCCUUUAGCUAUUCCAGACCCAAAAACAACUGCAGAAGGUUUCUCCACCCAGUGGCUGGAAGCAGGCCUGGAAACACUGGGGGCUGCCGAGUCAUCACAUUUUCCAUGAAGCAGCAAAGGCUACCGCAAGGCGUAGGGGGAGGGUGGAUGCCCAGCAGACCAUGAGCACUGGAAUGCUGGAGCCCUUUACAUUCUGUGCCCUUUGUGCCCUGGGAAUGGUGCUGGUGGCACAGAGCUCAUCCCUGGCACUCUGCAUCACCCCAUGGUACAGACACUGGUGCCACAGCAACCAGGCUAGGAGCAGCUCUGGGGCUCCUUCCCUGCCUCCAGCCCACAGCAGUGUCCCUCAGCUCCCAGCUCCCAGUCAGUCUCUCCUCAUGCCCAUGAGCACCGUGGGCUGCCCCAGGCCAUGAUUUCUCCCUGCUGCCAACUGCAAACACUGAGCACUGCCUAGUGCUGCAAGGGAGGAACAAGGGGAACAGGGUGCAUCCCUGCAGGGGAUGCAGGUACUGUUGGGAUCUCUCUCUCUGUGAGGUUCACACGCUGAAGGGCCGGGACCCUGAGCUCCACAGCCCCACGAUGCCCUCACUCCAACCCCUUGCAGGUGUUUGAUGAUUUCCAUGCUGAAAUCUGCCUGAGCUCUGCCUUCUGCUCCACACCUUCCAGCACUGGAGCUCUUCCCAUUUUGCAGGGCAGAGCUGUGCCCAGAGCUGGGCAUGAGGACACCAGGAAGCCGAGGGGGAUGGAAGCAAGUCCCGCAUAAGGCAAUGCUCUGCACCCCCUGACUGCUGCUGGUGACAGAAAGGACCUGGCAGCAGCACCUGGGAUGCCUGCGAGCAUCAACCCAGCUGGGAAGAGCAGAGCUGCGGGUGACUCAGAGCACACCCAGCAAGCUGGCAGAGCCGGGCAGACCUGCUUUGCCCUCCUGGGGUGUGGGUGACUCUGCAGAGGCUGAACAGGCUCAGUCCCCUUCCCCUGGUUGAAGCAAGAGACACAGCAAAGGGAGGGCUUGGAGCAGCCUGCACCAAGGGCAGCACCUCUAAAAGCCUUCAGGCCAUCGCCAGUGACCCCACUGGGCUCUGCUCCCACCCUGGGAAGCAGUGCUGGCGGGCAAUGCACAGUAUGCAGGCUGAUGCUGAAGCUACACUGUGCUGCCAGGAUAACUGCACCCACAGAUCCAGGAAUGUGCUUCUGGCAAUGCUGUGAGCAGCUCCCGGAGCCCUGCACUAGACAUGCAGGGAACCCAAGGCCCUCAUGUAACAUCACCGGCACACCUACAGGAGCUCCCCCAUCCACUGCAGCCCACCCCAGGGCAAGAGUUUUGCCCGCGCUGUGCCAUUUAGUGUGGGAGCAUUCACACUCCAUUCCCACCGCGUGCAUCCUGGCUUCAUGUGGGCAAGGAGAUGGGGAGAGGAGUGACCCCGGUACCUGUGCUGCUGGAUGUCCCUGCUGUGCUCCUCAUCCCGUCCCCGUGCACGGCGCUGCCUUGGUGCUCUCCCACUCACUGUUUGCUCCCGCGUGUGCACAGCUCUGACGCUCAAGUCUGGGCUGGUCCAUGGGCAGGCCCGCCUGGGCUGGCCCUGCGGCUGCGGGAUGCCAUGGGAAUGGGAUCAGUGCCAUGGAGAUGUGUCUGGCAGCCCCACAGCUCAGGGGGCUGCACCACAGGGAGGGCAGUGCUGCAGGUGAGGGCUGGGCAUGGCUCACAGCCCCCUGCACCAUGAGCACCAUCGGUGGUGGGCAGAUGCUGUGAUGGGACCUUUGCAGACAGUAAGCAUCCCGUUGUGUUGCCAUUGCAGGGGGACAGGGAGGGCUCUGAGGCCACAGUGCAGCCAGCACGGGCAUCCAAACUCAUGCUCCAUCCCUGGAGAUAUCUGUGGGCUGUGAUGAGCUUCAGUUCACUGCCCUGAGUGCCAUCAGAGCCUGGAGUGAGAGCCCCUCACUGCCUCAUUGCUCCUCUUCAAGGAGAUGCGGAAGAAGGAGGGUCAGAAUGUUGGCUGGGGAGGUCCCAGAGCAUCCCAGGAAGGCACUGCCACGUCCUCACCACAGGCUCUGGGCUCCUGGCAGUGGUUUGGAGGAAAGCCAUGCCCAUGGGAGCAGCUCCCAAGGACCCUUCUGUCACCUCAGUGGAUGCAGCAGGAGGAGAUGUGAGAGCCCUGAGCACGAGGACACAGCCAAAUGCACCACCUGCAGCUCAUGUCUCAGGGCUCUUCACCAGCAGGUCCACCUGGCUUAGCCCCAUGCAGGAGCAGUGAGUUUCUUCCACCCCCAGCUUGGCAAAAUCUCUGCAGAGAAAAAGGAGAGGGCCAGCAGCACCAGCUCCAUCCAAAGCAGCCCGUCUGCAUGGGAGGGAAGCAGGGAAGCUUUGGACACCACUGCAGCUUGCAAAAAACACAAGCUCCAAAUUCGGAAAGCAGCUCAGCUUCCAAACAGCGCCAUGAACUGAAAAGCUCACCUCAAAAUGAAACCAUCCCUGGCCUUUGGUUCCAAGCUUCCUGUGUCUGAACAAACUUGAAGGGCGGCUGUAUUUGCACACAGAAGGGUUUGGUUUGGGGAGAAAGGUCUAUCUUUUCUUUUUUCUUUUUGCAGGAGUAAACACAGACCCUCCCCAUCCUCUGUGCCUGCAGGCAGGAGCAGCUCAGGGCAAAGGCAGGGCGACGUCCUAUCUUGUUCCCUGGCUGCUUUCCCUCCUCUCUCUAGCAGCAAUGGCUGCACAACCGCCGCACUGCGCUGCCAAUAUUCUCACUCCAUCCAACACAGCACCCACCCCACAGGCAGAGGCACACUGCUCUCCCCAGCUGCUGCUUUUUGGGUUGUUUCUUGGACAUGGUGCUGGCGAUUGCUGAAGGGUUUGCUGGCAGCUCUGCCUUAUCCCCGCUGGGUGCAGCAAUUCUGGGGCAGGGGUGAAGUAUUGGCAGAGGGAUGUACAACCACCAUUGCCUGCUGGCUGCCUCCUCCCAGAGCCCUCUGUAGUCCUUGUUCCUUCAGUCUGAGCUGCUCAGCUCUGGCUGAUGGGACGAUCCAUGGGGUCCUGCAGAGCAAUGCGGAGCUCCACUCUGAUUUCAUGGCCCCAGGGACGUGUCCAUUGAGUUGACCUUGGGUCUGAUCAACCAUCAGAUGCUGUGGGUGUCUCUGUUCAUCACAGGGAGUUGGACCUGAUGACCUUUAAGGGUCCCUUCCAACUCAAACCAUUCUAUGAAUCUAAGACUGCUGUAGGGGUAUGGAGGUUCCAUUAGAGAUAUUCCAGAUGCUAUGACGGAGAUCUGAGCCCUGUUCUUAGCUCUGGCAAGAGCAAUUCUCACCUCUGAGCUGACACAGCUGCCCUGCUUCAAUUUACCCUCUGUGCAUGGGGCAGCACAGAGCUGCUGUGCUGCUGAAGGGGAAGGAGGGCAGCGGGCUGGACGCUGGUAAUGAGGGAGGCACACAUGAGCAGGGGGUUUGGUAUCUGGGCCACAAAGCCACACUGUCAUGCCUGUCUUGUGGGCAUUGCGGCUGUGAGUCCAGAGCUGCUCCAGGACUCAGUGUGAUCAGCUGGUCUGCUUGGCUGGGAGAGCCUAAAACAACAAAGACUGCGGAGUAAGGGAGCGUCUCGCUGCUUUUUCCUGGUCAGAUGGUUUCCUGUUUUCCAAGCAGCUCCUCCAGCUCCACUGGGGCAGAGGACUUGUCCACGCAGACCUCUGCCCUGCAGUGUGCCCUCACUGGGGAGACAAGCUGCUUCUGACAGCACAGAAAGAGCUCCUGGAUCAGCAAGAGCUGCAGCAGAGACCUGUAGCAGCAGACUGCAUUGGGCUCUUCUCUCUGGGAUGAAAGUGUGUCAUGAGCAUGGUGCUGCCUUGGCUAACCCCAGCUUUGGACCUACAAGGCUGCAAGGUCAGCAGGUGAGGCAGAAAUGUGUUGGGGUCCCAAGCAGCAGUGCAUGCAUUUGAGGUCAUCUGCAUGGUAGCAUUGCUCCCCAACACCCCUACAUCCCACUGCCCUCUGACCCCCAUGCACAGCCCCUUCAUCCCCACUGCUUCUUCCUCUGCCCUUCCCUCUGCCCCCUACAGGGACAGGCACAGAUAUCUGUUUGGCUGACAAACAUCCUCUUCCCCCUCUUCUGCUGAGCAUCAUGAACAAAAUAAGGCUGUUGGCAGAGAGUCUGCGCUGAAAGCCAGGCUGUAAGCAUCCAUGCAUGGGGACAGCCCAAGCCCUGGAGAGGGGACAGGCAGAGGGGACACCAACACGUGGGAUGGCUGUCACUGCAACAGGGGACCCCUCAUGGUCUGUCCUGCAUCCAUGACCCUGACAGCAUCACAAAACUGGCUGGGGUUGGGAUGGAGAGCUGGGCAGAUAUUUGUGCCCAUUUCUACCCCCUCUUUGUUUGGGGUCUCCUGGGAGCACUCAUGGCUUCGGAAGCAGCGGGAUGUUGUCCAUGUUGGGCCAGCCCAAAGAAUCAUCCAAUCACAGAAUGAUAAAAUCAUGGAAGCACCAACUCACAGAAGCAUAGAAUCACAGAAUCAUAGACUCACAUGAUCACAGAACCACAGAAUACCCCACAUAGGAGGGCACUCACAAACAUCACAGUGCCAGGCCCACGUAAUGGCAGACACGUCUGGGCUGUGUGCUGGAGGAGCUGCACGCUGCAGCCCACGCAUUCGCAGCAUUGCUGCCCUCUGGCUGCAUCAGCACAUCCUUGUUGAGCCCCUGCAGUGCACAGCAAUGCAGGGAGCUCCUCUGGGAUGUGCUGUAGGGUGACAGCCUGCCAGGCUGGGUGCUGGCACCCCAAGGCCAAAGCGUAGGACUGAGGACUUGAACUUUGGGAAUUUGCCUCCUUUGCAAGUGCCAUUUAUCUCACACAAUGCCCACUGUCUGCAUGCAGGGUCUGCCUUUAGGGUGUGCCCUAUGAGGCAGGAUCACAGAAUCAGAGAAUCAUUUGAGUUGUAACGGGUCUUUAAAGCCCAUCUGGUCCAACUCCCUACGAUCAACAGGCACACCUACACCUCAGUUAGGUGCUCAGAGCCCCAUCCAGCACAGACACCCACAGCUGGUGCACAGCCCCAUGUCCAGGUGGGUUUGAAGAUGCCUGAGGAGGGAACCCCACAGCCUGUCUGGUCCCUUUGCAAUGCUCCUGAUGGUCACAGGGACCCUCCUGGGCUCUCAUUAGCACCCAGUUCCCCCUGCCCUGCUGCUGGGCUCUAUCUCUCUGCCCUUCUCUACAGGCAUUUAUGGCCAUGGAUGGGAUCCUGAGACUCUUCUGCUCCAGCUGGAGCAGCCCCAGCUCUCUCAGCCUUUCCUCACAGAGGAGAUGUUCCAGUUCUUUGACCACCUCAGCACUUCAAGUGCAGCCUCACCAAUGCUGGCCUACUCAUAGUCUGUCACUUUAAAAGAGAGAACAGAGUGCAAAGAUCUGGAAAACAUGGCCUUAAUUGAAAGAUCCAUUGGGACCCGGCUGCUCAGCUUGCCCAAGAAAAGAGGAAGAGGCACUGGGGUGAGUUGUGCAACCAUUUGCUUGGAGGGAAGGACACGUCAGCAGCCGAGAGCCGGAGGGGCUGCACUCUGGGGUCACCUCCACCCAAUGGCACUGGUUUGCUGGGCAGCCCCUCAUGCCCACAGGCACGGCUUCCUGCAGAAGCUGCAGGCAAUUCCCUGCUGCUCUGAGCCGCACCAGAUCCACAGCUCUGACCUGCAGGGCUCACACCGGGCUCGGUGUGCACUCAGUGUCACACACACGCCGUGUUUCAGCCAGGUUCAGAAGCUGAACCCCCAUGGACUGCCAAAGUCAGCAUCUGCUUGGCUCGCUGCACCUCUCACCACCGGACGUUGGCUAUUUUUAACUGCCCCCUGUUUGCUUUUUUCUCUCCUGCUGUUACGGUGGGGUUGGAGGGGCUCUGUGUGCUCUUUGUGAGCAGCUCACUGCUGAUCCCAGGCCAGAUAGACCUGUGGAAAGCCAGCACUGCUCCCCCAGCCCAGCGGUGCGUGGGCGCAGCAAAAAUGGAAGUGGCUGCUUCUAACCGCUUCCUUUCUCUCUGGGUCUCUCUCUCCUUUCUGCCCCUCCUGACAACUUUGUUUCCUGUUAUUGAUAACGGCCUCUGCACCCGCUCAGAGGUCACCACGCUCUUUGCCCCCCGCGGGCUGCACCAAGGGGUGCAUAAGGUGCACAAUAAGGUGCCCAUAUCCAAACAUCACUGCUGGGAAUAAGGCAACUCCACAGCAGGAGGACGCCUCUCCAGGGGCUGCCCUGUGCCCACGCAGCCCUAUUAACCCCAGGUAGCUCCAGCUGCAUCGCUGCCAGCCCCAAGCACACGGCAAUGAUGGGCACUGCUUUACCUCUGCUCUCCCUUUGCAAAUCGGAGGGCAGCUCGGCUUGUUUGCAAGAGACAUAGGAAACAAAAAGUAGUUCUGCUCAGAAGGAAAAACAAACAGCGAAGAAGAAAUCCAUGCCAAAAGCCGUCCUCUUACUUCUCCUUGAGGAGAGCAGCAGUAGUGCCGGGUUGGCAAGUUCAGCUGCAGAUACCUUAAAAAAAUUAACCAGCACUUCCAGACAGAGCCGGGCAGCGGCAGGAGCAAAGCCUGCACCGGCAGACUGCGUCCCUGCAAGCAGUGGGAAGGUCACACGCCGCUCCCACCCCUCCGUCCCCAGCAGCAGCCCCAUGCAGGGCAUGUGCGGGGGUCCGGGCUGGGAGUGGAGCAGCACCGGGAGCUCCGUGCACCCAGCGGGGCCGUCUGCACGGUGCUGAAAGCCUGGGGGUGUCCUUGGGAAUGCGCUCACGCAGAGGAAGCUGCUCCAGGAAAAGCAAUCUGCAGAGUGCUUGGCUGAGCUGCCGGGUGCGAUGCUGAGCCCCUCCGUGCUGCGCUGCGCCCGGGCUGCUCGCACCUCCUGUGCUGGCUCUGCGGGAUGCUCGGGGUGAUGGCACAACCCUCCGUGAACCUGCUGGGAGAUGAGCAGCCCUGCCAACAGAGGCUGCUGGAUGCUGAGGCGGACGCUUCACCUUCACACUCAUGAGGGAUGAUGUUUCGGCAGAAAGGAGAUGGGAACAUUUCCAAAAGCCUGCAGGACAUCCUGAGCUCCAAACUGUGUCAGCAGGAGCCCUGCGUGAGCACCAGACCCAAAGACGAUGGAGGCCUGGUGAGAGCAGAGCAUGCUGCAGUGGGUGACCCUGGGGGAGCGUGGAUGUGGGGCACCAUCAGAACUUCGGGUUGUGGAGCAGUGACUGCACAGUGACCCACAGUGGUGACUCUGGGGCCAUGGUGCUGCUCAGAGUGGGGCUGGGGGGUGUGGGGCAGGGUUUGUGCUCAGGUUUGGGGGCAGAGAUGUCAGUCCCAACCCAUGACCCUAAUGCACUGGUACAGCUAUCUGGAAAGGAUAGUCUAACCCUAACCCCAACCCUGACCCUAACUCUGACCCUAACUCACUCCUGGCACACUGAGCACCUCACCAGAGGUGGUGAUGCGGUAACAGCCUCAUCCCUUUCCUUUGGGAUCUUCAAUCAGUAGCCCCCAUCACCAUUCCUCAUCUCAACUCCAGGCUUCAUCCCCAGCUCCUGGAAGCAAACACCCCUUAGCCCCUCUGGCCUUAAUCUGCCUUUGCUGCGUGACAGCAGGAUCUCAAUAACCCUUGGUGAGUGCUAUGGGUUUGCAUCAGAGCAGGAGUGAAGGAGAACGUUGGAAUGGUGUGAAUUGUUACCCAUGUUGCUCACUGCUGUGCACUGGAGAUGCAGUAAGGGUGGCAUGUUCCAGGGGCAGGGGCAGGGGCAGGAGUGAGUCAGGAGAUGGACCAUGCAGCAGCAUUCCCGUGUGAGGCAGGGAGACAGGAUGGUACAAGGCACAGCUGUGACCUCAUGUGGCCCACCCCAUCCUCCAUCCUCCAUCCUUUACCCUUCAUCCCCACCCAGCUCCACCCAAUCCUCCUGCAGGUCCCCCAGCCCCAACAGCUCCUUCCUAUAGGGCUGGUGGCUGUCCCAUGCUCUGACAUGGAAGGAUGGAGAGUUGGAGGGAAGGGUAGUGCUGUUCCUUGUCCACAUCGGGAUGCCUUUAGUCCCCUCCAGCUGAGUUCUUUCACUCUGGAAGGGUGAAAGGAUGGGUCAGUUCCUCGGUCUGUCCCCGUGCCUGCAGAGGCUGCUGGGAUCCUAUUGCCUGUUCAUGAGACACAGGUAGUGGUGGCCCUUGUAUGCUGCACCAAGCAAUGGGACUGGGCAGCUCCAAUCCCCUGGAUGUGGAGUGGCCUGAGGCAGCAUGACUGGGGUGGCAGAGGCAGAUGGCAGCGGGGCCACUGCGUCCCAGAGCAGGGGGAGCAGCAGGAGAUGCUGCAGGGUGGGGGCAGGAGAGGAAGGAAGCGGGGCAUGCGGUGUCUGUGCACGGAGCCGGGGCAGCAACAAACAGGAAGAGCAACAGGGACACGGUGGGAGGCAGUGAGCAUCAACGGGCAUCGCAGGAAGGAUGUGCAGUGCCCCAAGGGCAGACUUGAGCUGUACCCUCCCUGAAAAGCCCCCCAGAUGUUCCCUGACCUGCAGACAGCGUGUGAUGGCGCCGAUGUGGCUGCUGAGCAUGUUGAUAUGUGAACAAAGCAGCAUUUCACUCCCCAUAGCUGGGAGUGCUGUGGGAUGGGGGGGGAUGCAGUGAGUUGGCAAAGGUCGGGGCCGUGCCGUGGCUCCCUGUGGGGUGGGGUGUGACACGAGGACGCGCUCAAACCCACCGUGCAGCUCCCUCCCAUCUCUCCACGCUGGGCUGCAGAUGGGCACAGAGUGCCCAGAGUGGCGAUGCCCACGGAGGAGCCCCGGGGUCAGGGGGCGGCAGGGCCAUGUCCGUCCACAUGAGGGUGCUUUGCAUGGCUGGGGCUGCAGGCUGCCCAGCAGAGCCGAGCUGCUGCGAUGUGGCCGGUUUGUGUGUGGGCGGCAGGCAGGGUGGGGGAGAAGGAGGGAGAGGAGAGGAAGCGGCAGAGGCAGCAGCUCCUUUGAUAAGCAGCUUCCUGAACACUUUCAAACCCCCGGCUUCAGACCGACGUGCACAGCGCCCGUGGCCCCGUGCCGGGACGGAGCCCAUGCCUUGGGGCAGCAGACACUUCUCUGAUGGCAACUUCUUCCCUCAGCAGCUGAGGCCCCCCCUUUUCCACUGCUCGUACUUCAGAGCAAGUGCUUCGUGGCUGCUGCAGCAUGGUCCAAGCCUGCACAGUGUGCCACAGAGCUCAUAACAGCAGCCUGACAGCCCGGGUGGCCACCAAAACCAUGGACAAGGCGGACAAGCCCAGUCCCUCUGUGAAGAAGCACGUACGGCUCCAGGAGAGGAGGGGCUCCAACGUGUCGCUGGUGCUGGACAUGAGCUCACUCGGCAGCGUGGAGCCCAUCCAGCCCGUAUGCACACCACGGGACAUCACGCUGCAGUUCCUGAGGACAUCCAGCCACGUGCUGAGGACAGAGGAGUUGCAACAGCGUGCCCAGAGCCUUGCACAGCUCCAGGAGGAGUUCUCGAAAAUCCCACCCAACUUCAUCAGUCCGGAGGAGCUGGAGAUCCCUGGACACGCCUCCAAGGACAGAUACAAAACCAUCCUCCCCAAUCCUGAGAGCCGAGUGUGCCUCAGGAGGGCAGGGAGCCAGGAGGAAAACGGCUACAUCAACGCCAACUACAUCACGGGCUAUGCAGGACGUCCCCGGGAGUACAUUGCCACUCAGGGACCCAUGCUGAACACCGUCAGUGACUUCUGGAGAAUGGUGUGGCAGGAGCAAUCUCCCAUCAUCGUCAUGAUAACCGAGCUCCAGGAGCGCAAGGAGAAAUGUGUCCACUAUUGGCCUGAGAAGGAAGGCACCUACGGCCCCUUCACCAUCCGUGUGCAGGGGAUUAACGAGUGUGCAGAGUACGUGGUCCGCAAUCUGUCCAUCCAGCUGGAAGGUGAAUGCCGCCACAUCAAACACAUCCUCUUCCCUUCGUGGCCAGACCAGCAGACACCUGAGUCAGCCAAGCCCCUGCUGCACUUGGUGUCCAAAGUGGAAGAGACUCUGCAGGCUGCAGCCAGCUUGGGGCCCAUUGUUGUGCACUGCAGUGCAGGCAUUGGUCGGACGGGCUGCUUCAUUGCUACCAGGAUUGGGUGCCAGCAGCUGAAGGACAAGGGAGAUGUGGACAUCCUGGGAAUCGUGUGCCGCCUCCGCAUUGACAGAGGCGGGAUGAUCCAGACCAGUGAGCAGUACCAGUUUCUCCAUCACACACUAGCCCUGUAUGCUUCCCAGCUGCCAGAUGCAGGAGGCCAUUAGCACGGGGCUCCACCGCUUGCUGCCUCGCUCUGAACUCCCUCAGUGCCAAACCUGGGGACAACUCUGCUAAAUCUGCUCCUGCUGCACCCAGCCAUAAGCCUGAGCCUCCCAGAGGCUGAGCAAAGCCAUUGGGAUUGCGGCCCCAUGACCCUCAGGGCAAUGAGAGUUUGGGGUUUGCACAAGGCACGCAGCAGGAUGCACUACGCAGAAGAGGACUGAUGCUGAGCAGUCUGCCUGCUAGAAAUCAACAGAGCUUUUCCUCCAGCUGCACAUCAUCUGUGGGCAGAAGCUGGCACACACGGGGCUCACUCCCAGCACACUCCUCGAUGCUCUUCUUGCUAAAGACGCACCUGGAGGAUUUAUUCCAAAGCUGCAUUGCUGGUUGCCUUCAUUACAUGGCCUGCUUUCCUCUCUGCCUUCAGCCAUUGCCUUCCCACCUGCCUUAAAGUAGGGGAUACUCUUAAGUGUGUCUGCACUUUUGCAAGCACUGUGCUCCAAGCUGUAACCCACACGAGGGUGGGGGGGUUGUUUUCUUGAGGUUGGUUUUUUUUCCUGUUGGAAUCAGAGCAAAAUAAUACACCCAUUUUGUUGUUUCUUUUUCACUGUGUAAAUAGAAAUGUUUCAUCCUUAA